AUGGCUAGUUCGGGCUAUCAUCCGUCAACAGCAGCUUGGAGCAGCGGCGUCGUAUCGCCGAUGACACGAGAUCACAGGGGCUCUUUCGACUUUAAUCAACCCCCACAGCAACCUGCGCAAUGGCAUUCGCCAUUUCCAGAGGCAGGCUCAAUGUCCGCCGGCCACUCAUCACCUGGAGAUACGUCGCAUUCAUAUUGGGGCAGGCACACCGAUUCUCCACUAACACCCGCCUACUCGCCUCACAUGUCCGUACCGACUACGUCUAUGCCAAUGGACUCACGAAACAGCUUUACAUCGUUUGCGCCGCCAAGGAAUGAUUCAACUUGGUCGGCUCCCGCAAGGUCUACAUCUUUGGGAGUGGUGGAAGAUUAUCCUUCCGGUUACCAAAGAAGUCAAUAUCACCCGCAACCUCUAUCUCUGGAUCUACGGCGCCGUCCAUCGGACAUGCAUCCUCCGUCUUUAAUGACUAGUACAAACUCGUCGCAUACAUCGAUUUCGGAAUCUAGCUUAACGCCUAUGUCGGCACCAGUCUCAAGCCCACCCGAUCAUUGGGGUGUGCCCUCAAACUGGAGCGCUCUACCGAACAGUGCAGUAACCAAACCUACAGACUUCGGAACUUGGUAUUCUGAGCCGACCCUGGAAAAAGUGCAAGAGGAGGACCUUCCACCUCGCUACGGCGAGCAGCCGGCGAUUGUCUACGUGGACGGGGAACACCAAUGA